UCGCACACUCCCUACCCUAAGGCCAUCCCAUCGCCAGAUUUGCGAAUUUUACACAGCCCAAGUGCUAUGCCAUUUCUUUCAAUCAGUUCCAUGAGACCCACCCCAGGGGAAGAAACCAAGAUCAUAGAUCGAGAAUCGAUAUCAAUCCUUUUAAUUCGUAAAGCCACGUACCGACCAAAAGCAUGGCCAAAUUUUUCUUUAGGCUUUCCUUUUCCUUGGGUAGGGGAUGGCGAUGGUCAUUUGGGGCACGUGUUCCUUAUUACCACAUCAAUCGAUCGACGUCCGGGAAUAACACGCGUGGCCCCGAUCGGACUGUCGAGAUUGCUGCGGUCCUCGCCGCAUUCGAACCCCCGGUCGCCUUUUUUUCUUGAAAGCGAAUCUUUUUUGACACCUUUCUAUCAUGGCGACCAUACGGCGUAUAUAUACGCGCUCUUCGAUGGGGUAGCGAGCGUUCAAACCUCCCACCGGGCAGUCAACCCGCCUUCUGUCGCCGCCGUCGUUUUCGUUCGUUCGUUCCCGACCAAGCUCUUGGCUAUGGCCGCUUGCUGGGCACCGACAUCGUCCUCUCCAUCGUCCUGGGGGUGGGACAAUAGCAGCACCAGCCUCUUGAUGAGCGAUGGGAUCGUCGCGGCCACGGCGGUGGCGGCGGUGAAUUCGUCCAGGCAGCAGCAGCAGCAGCAGCAGCAGCACAAUGCGGGCAAUUCGAUGAUCGUGCCGCCCAGCACGAGCUCGCCCAGCGCUAUGGGCCUCAAGCUGGGCAAGAGGAUCUACUUCGAGGACUCGCCAAAUGGAGCUCCGACCGCGAUUGCUCCGCAAGAAACCAGUGCUGCUACUGCGAUCGUCGCGAGCCCGCCGACGAGGAAGAAGCAGCGGGGCGUAGCGCAACCGGCGGCGACGCCCAGAUGCCAGGUCGAUGGCUGCGGCGCGGAUUUGAGCGGAUCCAAGGGCUACCACCGGCGGCACCGCGUUUGCGAGCUCCACUCCAAGGCGCCCAAGAGCAUCGUCAAGGGGCAGGAGCAGCGAUUCUGCCAGCAAUGUAGCAGGUUCCAUGGAUUGGGGUAUUUCGACGAGGGAAAGAGGAGCUGCCGGCGGCGCUUGGCGGGUCACAACCAGCGGCGGAGGAAGCCCCCUCCGCCCGAUCCAUUCGUGAUCCCUUCCUCGAUCUUGGGAUUCUCCUCCUCCGGGAAUUUCAUGAAUCCUCCACAGCAUUUGCUCGAUGGGAGCUUCAUCGUGAGCAAGAACAACUGGCCCUCGUCUUCCUCUUGCCGAUACGAUCAGCUCGCGGCGUACAAUCACUCCAAUUUCUUGCUCAAAUCCAAGCAGGACAUGAUCGCCACCCACGGCGUGUACCAGUUCCUCAAAUGCCACGCAGCGGCCUCAUCGCCAUCGCCGCCAUCCUCCUCCCAAUCUCCAUCCCCGGCCGCGAAAUCAUCCAUCGUGAUGGCGUCGCCGCUGGAGCCCGGGGCGAUCAAUCAUCCCACCACAAGCGAUGCUCUCUCUCUUCUGUCAGCCUCCGAGCAGUGGGGGUCUUGCUCCUCAUCGUCGCCGUCGCCGCCGGUCGCGAGCUCGAUGAUCGCUCACAACAAGCCCAUGAAAGUGGAUGAAUCGUCGUUUCAGCUACAGCUCUAUCACAGCGAUCCGGAUCAUCAGCGCCACUACCAGCAGCAAAGGUUCGUGGGCGGGAUCAGCGAUCUCUUCCAGUUCCAAAAGCCCACGGCGCUACUGCAGGAAUCUCAUCAAGCAUUUGAUGCCUGAGAAAAAAAACAGAGUGGAUCACUGUGGGAUCAAUCACUAGUUCGUGUCCGCCGUACUAGCGUACGGGGGAGAGACAAUUCGCGUGCCAUGUUUUUCUCUUUCUUUCUUUUUUCUGAUUGAAUGGUGUUGCUGUAUGCUCUUGAUCUUGUUGAUUUGGUUUGUUUCAUGUCCUUCUUGUAGUUUCUUGGAUGGUUUUGUUGCUAAUCUGGGUGGGCGGGAAAGCUUGCAUUGCGUACUGGGUCUGUGGAUGUCUGAAAUAUUUUAUACAAGAAACGCCUUUGAUAACU